GAGUGCUGACAUAUCUCACUAUCUCAACCACGUUGCAAACUCCUCCUCCGGUAAUCUACGGGUAUUGGAAGAAGAGGAAUUGUGGAAAGAAAAGGAAGAGGCGGCGGCGCCCGAAGCGCCUCAGCGGCCCACAGCUCUAAGCUUGAAUAGGGAAAGCGCGAAGAAAGUAAAGCAAAUCUAACCGCGAGGCGGAGAGAACAUCUAGCCGCCACACCAUGGGCUUUUUGAGCGAAGCCUGACCUCCCGGUACAACCGCACUCCUCAAAGUGCCACGACGCCAAGAAAGCAAAGCAAAUGAUUCAUUUCCCACGAGCCGCAGAGGAAGCGUCCACAAGACCGGGCCGAUGGGCGUUUGACUUCUUUCGUACGCAGCGGAAUGUUCCGGAUUAUCCCGCGUGGACAGAGGGUUCUUUUCAGGCCCGCAGCGCGGGAACGGCAAAGAUUGGGGCUACAAAAAUGUACCUCUAAAUGGUAGCAAACGGAUAUAGAAAACCGGGGCAAUUCUGUAGUACCAACCGUAGUUUCGCUGAAAUAAUACUAGGCAGAAUUGAAGAAAUAUUUGUGGCAGCCAUUGAUUCUUCACAAACUGAAAUGUAAAGAACUUGGACCUUAAGUUUCUUCAGGAGUAACCAGGACUUAAAGGCUCCCGGGAUAAUCUAAGAAAUAUACCGCUGUUUUGGAAAAUACCCUGAAGUGUGAAGUUUUCCCUUUCUAUUUUUCUCAUAAGAAAUAGCAAAGAAUUUUAGUAACCAUGGAGUUUGUUGUUGAGUUUAACAUAACAGGUUAAUUUUAAUAUUGAAAAUAUUAGCUCAUUUGUUUUUCUACUAUUGUUUGAAUGAACAAACAUUUAAAAAUGGAUAAAUAUGAUGACCUUGGUUUAGAGGCAAGUAAAUUUAUAGAAGACCUCAAUAUGUAUGAAGCUUCCAAAGAUGGUCUCUUUCGAGUAGACAAAGUUGUUGGGAAUAACCCAGAAUUUGAAGAAACCAGAAGAGUUUUUGCUACAAAAAUGGCUAAAAUUCAUCUGCAGAAACAACAACAAGAAGAAGAGUUGAUGAAAGGAACUUCAGUGGAUUUGAAUGGUGGAUUUAAUUUUGGUGGUCAGCUUCCAAGUUAUUCUGUAGUCAAAGACACCACAGGAACAAAUAAAUUGCAUCCACGGGAAAAUGUUGCUAAGCCUCCUUUGGCUGCAGUAUAUGCAGGUCAUCAGCUCGCUUUUCCAAGCCAGCCUUUAUGUCACAGUGAUGGAGAGCGAACAAAAAUAUAUCAAGAUGACUAUGGAUAUAACAACAGACUACAGGGUCCAGAUAUUCCUGGAGGACCAAAUUGCCACAGAUCAGGUCAGAUGAACCCAGGUAGUUCUAAGGCAGUGCUUCCUUCCCUAUCAUGGAAAGAACACAGCAAUGGUGAUAAUCAAACAGGUGUUCAAAGAAGGAAGAAAAGUGCUGAUAAGCUUAGCAGCCAGAAAUCAACUAUUGCCCCUCAUUUUUGGUCAAAUAGCCAAGAUGAAUCAUUGCAGAGAAGCCCUAGAAAUACAGAUCUUCAUCUAUGCCAACAAUCCCAAAACCCUUACAGAUCUUCAGAGAGUGGUCAUGGAAGUCAGGAAUGUGGAAAUGAAGGCUCUGGACUUAGUAAGAGCUGUAUCCAAAAGCUAGCUUGCCAGAGACCAUCUUUUUCUCAUGACAGUAUCCCCUUGUCUUCUUCAGUUGGGGUUGGUGAUGAAUCAGCCAUGGGAUAUUCACAUCAGAAAUCUUCAUCGUAUUCUGUUUCAUCAAUACAUUCUUCUCAGAUUCUUUCAAAUCGGUCUGUUAAUUUUCAUCCAAAUAGAAGCAGUGGUGACAACCACUCAAGGUGCAGUGAUAGCACUCAACCUUCAAUUUCUACCCCAGUUCCUUCAAGUGCAGAUUAUCAGCAGCACAAUAUUCAUCCAUACACUUCAGAUAAUUUUGUAGUUCAUGGUCAAAAUCACAGGCUUAAUUCUGCUGGUUUUGGUCUGAGUCUUGAGCAGAAUUCUAUCACUCCAACAUCUCAUGGACCAAUGAUUUCUGAUGUUCCCAAAUCUCCUUUUAAGGAGAGUGUCACUGUUCAGCAGCAUAACUCUGGUCCCCAAGAAAUGUCUGGUUCUGCAAAAAUAAAAUUACCCUGUCAGAUGCUGCUUUCACAGCAAGACCAAGGGCCCUCUACUGCUGAAUUAAAAUUAGAAGCUCUUACUCAGCGCCUGGAGCAGGAGAUGGAUGCAUGUCCCAAGACAGACUACUUUGGAACCUGCGUGAAAUGCAACAAAGGUGUAUAUGGUACAAACCAGGCCUGCCAGGCAAUGGGGAAUCUCUACCAUGAUGGAUGUUUCACCUGCGGAGCAUGUAGCCGAAAAUUGAGAGGGAAGGCCUUUUACUUUGUUAAUGGGAAGGUGUUUUGUGAAGAAGACUUUCUAUAUUCAGGCUUUCAGCAGUCAGCUGAUCGAUGCUACAUAUGUGGUCAUUUGAUCAUGGAUAUGAUUUUGCAAGCAUUGGGAAAGUCAUACCAUCCAGGCUGCUUCCGUUGUGUGAUUUGUAAUGAAUGUCUUGAUGGAGUGCCAUUUACAAUAGAUAGUGAGAACAAAAUCUACUGUGUCCGAGAUUACCACAAAGUUUUGGCACCAAAAUGUGCAGCUUGUGGCCUUCCUGUUUUGCCAACUGAAGGAUCUGAUGAGACUAUCCGUGUGGUGUCAAUGGACAAGGAUUACCACAUAGAGUGUUACCGCUGUGAGGACUGUGGAAUGGAACUCAAUGAUGAAAAUGGUCAUCGUUGCUACCCAUUAGAUGAACAUUUGCUUUGUCAUUCUUGCCAUCUUAAGCAUAUAGAAAAAGGCACUAGCCCUGUCGCUUCCUAUUGGCAUCACUAUUAGUCAGCUAAUAGUGCUAAUGUUUCCAGAAUCCUGUCAAAGGGAUCAGUAAUUUUGGGGAGCAGUUGUAUCCAUAUGGAUCUUUUAUAUGCAUAGGAGACUGACAGAAUACAUAUGGUAUUAUCCAGGGUACAUUGUAGUUUCUUUGCCCUUAGACUGAAAAAGUGGGAAAGGGAUAUUUAGGUCAUUUAAGAAAAAAACAUUAGACACUUUAACAAUACAUUAAUGGGUUCUCUUAGUGAGCUUAGUGUCAGAAAGUUACAUUUUUAGUGCAGGUUGCCUUCUGCCUCCACCUUUAUAAUUUGAUCCUGAUUUCUUAAAUUGCAGAUAUUUUGAAAACAGUUGAUCUAGUAUUUUCCCUGUUUCAUUUAGCCUUUCUACAUAAUGUCAAAAAUGAGACAUUAUGUGUGAAAUACUAGGUGAUCAAAAUAACCCAAGAGCACAUAUGGAGACAAUUGAUAGAGGUUUUUAUAACUUUUAGAACUUUAUUUGAGCACUUGAAACAAUUUGAAACUGUAUGAACUUUGAGAGAAUUUUUUUAAGAGAAACACUGAAAGAGCGAGAAUUAUUUGUACUAAGGGAAGAAAAACUGGUAUGUAUUCCUUAAACUCUAGGGCCUUAAAUCAUGUUUAAUAUGUCUAAUAUUACAUCUUCCUAAUUCUUAGGCUAAACCUAAGAAGAUAGAUGUUAAUUUAAUUUUUUUGUCCCAGAUGUUUAUCAUUUGAUUAUCCAUAUAUUACUCAAAUUUAUUGUGUGCCAAUAAACUAACUUCACAUCA